GUUUUGUCCAUAUUAACCGCGAGGGGAGCAAUAACUCACUUUUCUUCACAGCUGCAGGAAUCUCAUUACGACGCGCAAUUUAUCCUUGUUAACGAAGUUGGUUCACGUACGGCUUGGUCGUUUGAUAUUAGUAAUCCAAGCUUAAAGGUAACGUUAUAUCCACGAUGAGGCCUGUCAGUCAGCGCAUACAAAAUCAGUUGCUACACAACAAAUUCGUCGUGGUAAUAGGAGACUCGAUCCAGCGCUCCGUUUACAAGGACUUGGUCCUCAUGUUAAGGAGAGAUGCUUAUUUAAGCUUAUCACAGUUGAAAAGCAAGGGUGAGUUUUCGUUCGAGGAAGAUUGCCUUGUUGAAGGCGGCAGACUUGCCGAAAUGAAUAACGGCACCGCUUACAAGGAAGUGAGGCAGUACAGAACAGAUCACCACCUGAUCCGCUUUUAUUUUGUCACGCGUGUUUUUUCACGCUACAUGGAGAGCAUUUUGGCAGAUUUUGAGAGAGGCUUGAAACCAGACGUGGUUAUCGUCAACUCUUGUGUAUGGGAUGUGUCGAGGUACAGCCGUGAAUGGGCUGCGGAAUACCGUGAGAACCUAAACAAGUUCUUCAGUAGACUAAAGGCCAUGUUGCCUGCAGAAAGCCUAGUGUUGUGGAAUAUGACCAUGCCACUGGGAAAGAAGAUAGUCGGGGGAUUCUUGGUCCCAGAGAUCCAACACAUGGGUCCCACAUUAAGAUUUGAUGUCAUCGAAGCGAACUACUUUGGAGCUACUCUUGCCAAUCAGUACGGCUUUGAUGUGCUGGACCUGCACUUCCAGUUUCGCUUUAGCCUGCAACACCGCAUGAAGGAUGGUGUCCACUGGAAUGCCGUCGCCCACCGACAAAUCACAUGCCUGCUACUGGAGCAUGUAGCACAGGCAUGGGGAGUGGAGCUGCCAAAUCUUGACCAGCUUAAGGCAGAUCACCCACAAUUACAUGAAAACCACACUUGGAAGACUGCUACUGCAAGUGCUCCAGCUCGCUAUCAAGGUCAGUACAGCAAUGAGAGAGCCUUUAACCCACCUGCGAUGCCCGCCAUCCACUACAACAAUGGUCCAGCCUGGACACAAGGCCAGAUGAUGAGGCAAUUCGAUGGCUUUGGCUCACAGUUCAACAGCUAUGGUGCACAGUUCUGUAAUGACAGUAUACCUCCACACCUAACAGCAGGAUACCAGAGCUUCGAAAGGGAGCCCUUCUAUAGAGGCAUUAACAAUUCAGCUGCUGCCCCCUACUGGCAAAUGAACAACUUGGUGAUGAGACCCAGAAAUAGAAGGCAAUAUAGACCUUACACACGAGAGAGGCCGUACAGAUACUAAAUCGACCUUACUAACUCAGUGGCCAUAAUAUGAUGCACUGUUCCAGAACCAGUUCUUUUAAGCCUUUAAUGUAAAAAUACACCUAUUUUUCAUAGCAAUUAUACACCCCUGAAUUACAGGCCUUGUUGUUUUGGCUGUACAUGUUUAUUAAGC